UACUCACGCGGGAAAGGGAGACGAGCCCGGGUCUAGCUAGGACCCGGCGGUGGCGGAGGCAGCCCCAGCGCAGCGAGGUAAGACGAGAAAACGCAGGAAGCGGCCGUUCUUGCUGCCCCCUGGCCGCCCAGCGCACAAAGCUAUUACAUCAUCACCGCGCGCCGACCGCAUAAUAUUUCAACUCUCUGCUCGCUUUUUUCCCCCGGACCUCCUCGUUCACUCCGCCCCCUGCCGUCUUUGGCUUGUGACGCCCUGCCUUCCUCUCUGCGCUCCUCUAAUUGGACGUUGAGGUCGCCUGUCCACCAAUAGAAAGCUCCGUUUCGGGGAGUCGAAUGCUGAUGACGCAAGGCGGUGGAGCAUGUGCGCAAGUGCGUUUUGUUCAAUCUCGAGCCGAAGAGGCGGUGUGGUCUGAGUUCCUGUCUGAGGCGGCGAGGGGGUGGGGCUUACGGAAGAGCGAGAGAAAGACGGAGGGGGCAGGGCGUUCUGCGCGCGCUCUUUCCCCUCAAGCGCUUGAGACGCUGGUGAGAAGGAGACGAUGAACUGGCUCUUCCCGCUCUCCAAAGGGGCCAGCGGCGGUGGGGCCGCUGCUUCGUCCUCGGCUGCUACCGGGACUCCGCUGCCUUCGACUCUCACUAGUCUCCAGCAGCAAAAGCAGCGGCAGAUCGAGUCCCUGCGGAGCGCCCACACCGCGAUAGCAGAAAUACAAAAAGAUGUGGAAUAUCGAUUGCCAUUCACUGUAAAUAACCUCACAAUUAAUAUUAACAUCUUGCUUCCUCCUCAGUUUCCUCAGGAAAAACCAGUCAUCAGUGUUUACCCUCCAAUACGACAUCACUUAAUGGAUAAACAAGGCGUGUAUGUGGCCUGCCCAUUAAUAAGCAGUUUCACAAUGCACUCAGACCUUGGAAAAAUUGUACAGAGUGUACUUGAUGAGUUCUGGAAGAAUCCUCCAGUAUUGGCUCCCAGCUCAACAUCAUUCCCAUUCCUUUACAACAAACCAGCUGGAAUGUCUCCCUAUGGUCCUCAGAACUUUCCAUUUCUUUCGCCAUAUUUGUCUCAAGAGACAAAUAGGUCUGUAGCAUCCGUGCCACUUACAGAAUCACUUUCUUCGGGCUACGCUACAGAUAGACCUGCUGCUCCUUCCUAUGGCAUGAUAACAGAGUUACCCUUGCCUGUUCCGACAGCAGAAGCUUUUCCCCAGGGGAGCCAAAACGGGUACAGUUACAAGAUGCCUGAUGUUCCUGAUGCAUUUCCAGACCUAUCAGAACUUAGCAUUUCACAGCUGACAGAAAUGAAUGAACAAGAAGAUGUGCUGCUGGAACAAUUUGUUAAUCUGCCUCAGUUGAAGCAAGUCAUUAAUGAUAAGGAUGAUUUAGUGAAAAGUAUUGAAGAGCUAGCAAGAAAAAAUCUAUUGCUGGAACCUAGUUUGGAGGCAAAAAGGCAAGCAGUGCUAGAUAAAUAUGAACAGCUUACCCAGUUGAAGACCAUGUUUGAAAAGAAGAUGCAGAGGCAGCAUGAACUUAGUGAGAGUUGUAGUGCGAGUGCUCUGCAGGCAAGACUGAAAGUUGCUGCCCAUGAAGCAGAAGAGGAGUCGGACACUAUUGCAGAAGACUUUCUGGAAGGGAAAACAGAGAUAGAUGACUUUCUUAGUAGCUUCAUGGAAAAGAGAACAAUUUGCCAUUGUCGAAGAGCCAAAGAGGAGAAGCUUCAGCAGGCAAUAUCAAUGCGCAGCCAAUUUCAUGCUCCGCUAUAGGUUUUUCCAGUUUCCAAGGCAAGUGAACAAAUCCAGCAAAGCACAUUUUUCAUAUAUAUUAUUUUGCAAAUAAGCAUUUUGUCAUGGUUGUAUUUAUAGAACAGACAGUCUAUAAGAGCUGGAUGAUUUUUUGUAUAAAUUAGAGUGUCUUUAUAUGAUCAUUUUAUCCAAGAAAUCCUGCUGCAGUUUUUGCACUAAUAUUUUCUGUAUUUAUUAUUGAUAACACUUACCAUAUUUAAGUUCCUGCUGCUGUCUCCACCAACUUUAUAGAUUAAAUAUCUAAACAUGUUAA